GUUGAUGGCCGACGAGGUUGGAAGUCAGUCAAGUCAAUGUUGGAGUUUGUUGCACAUUGCAUAUUAUUUUUUUUAUUUGACGUCCAAUUUUAAUUAUGUUACAAUAAUUAGUAAAUUAAGUGAAACCAAUGAUAUUAACAACAAACGAGCACAAACCAAGAUAACCUGCUAAUGCCGCAAUAAACUCAAAUCAUAAAAGUAUCACAUAACACCUUAGAAUGGAUCCAUCAUGUUCACAUGCCCGGUGUGACAUAUAUGAGGGGACUAGUGACGUCCCCCACGCAAGCAAUUCAGAGGAUAAGACUGAUAGCGAAGAAAGCACCAUAGAUAAGGAGUCUAGCACUCAAGACAGUAGAGAUCAAAUAGACGACCUCGAGAGAGCAGAUUUCGAAGAAGAGAACAGAAUAAUCAAGCAAUGUACCGGAAUGUUCGUAGACUCUAAGAUCACUGCCAACCCACAUUACUCCAUGUUAUCCAGUGCUAAUUCAAGUCUAGCUUCUAGUUCCGAAACAAUAUCACACCUAGCCAGCGACUACAGUCUUCCUGGAUGCAGCAAAUCCUUUUGUGAUAGCAAUACUACAAUUAAAAAUAUGAUUCACUCGAGAAAGCCAUAUGAGGAGAAGAAAGAGGAUUUUAUGCAGAAACUGUUGAAUAGUAAUCCCGAAGAGAAAAAAGACUUCCCCAAGGGGAAGAUGUAUAAGGCCGACCAGGAUGAGAAUGAAGGGGGAGGCUGUGACGAGGGGAGGGGAGGUCCUUCGGGGAGGACGAGCUCGAAUGCCUCCAGCAUUGGGAGUUCCGGCUCGGACAGCACUAAGGACUUCACUGUGCCAUCUACGUCCAAUGCUGAGAAACUAUUAGGAUUGGAUGACAGCAGCAAAAACGAGGCAGCCAGCUCCAAAUCUGCAUACAUGUUAUAUUACGAUCCUGAGGAUGAUUCCGAUGACGACGGCAAUGAGGAAGUUUGGUGCACCUGCCUCUCGUCACACGAGGAUGAUGAAGACGAUGAACCAGAACCGGAACCAGAAAGACUAUGGAGAAAGAGACGUUACGAGCCACCGCCACCGCAGAGCGCUAAGAAAUUCUGUCCCGAAGGACCAUCCUCUUCUAGCUCCCAGGAUGGCUGGUCGAACAUGUCCGGGAUCAGCGGCCCCAGCGUCCAGGGCCCGCCUGAAAUGAAGCAGUGGCUUAACAAAUUCCAAUCUUGGACCAACAACGAGAAGUUCCAAGCUAUCGACGCCCUGAUCAGCCGCUGCGCCAGCAGCCACGUCCGCUACAUGAUGAAGGCCAUAGAACCACUCUUCCAAAGAGACUUCAUAUCACUGCUGCCCAAGGAACUAGCUCUGACCGUGCUGGGUUAUCUGCAGCCGAAGGACCUACUCAGAGCUGCGCAGACUUGCCAAUAUUGGAGAUUCUUGGCUGACGACAACCUGCUAUGGAAGGAGCAGUGCCGCCGAAUCGGCAUCACGACCCUCAAGAAGAUGCCAAGAUCUUUGCCCCGCUGCGCCUCACCAUGGAAAGCGGCUUACAUGAGACAGUACCUGAUUGAAAACAACUGGCUGCAUUCGUCGGUCAACAGCCCCAUGAUGAUGAGAGGACAUGAUGACCACGUGAUCACCUGUCUACAGUUCUACGGCAACAGGAUCCUGAGUGGCAGUGAUGAUACUACGCUCAAAGUGUGGUCGGCUGUUACUGGCAAGUGUCUGCGAACCCUCGUGGGUCACUCCGGCGGCGUGUGGUCCUCACAGAUGGUGGGGGACCUGGUGAUCAGUGGUUCCACAGACAGGACCCUCCGCGUGUGGAACGCCAAGUCGGGGCAAUGUCUGAAAGUGUUGGCUGGACACACGUCAACGGUGCGCUGUAUGCAUCUACAUCAGGACAGGGUGGUGUCCGGGUCGCGUGACGCCACACUCCGCGUGUGGUCCGUGUCCGAGGGACGAUGCGUGCGCGUUUUGAUUGGACAUCUCGCAGCCGUGCGAUGUGUGCAGUACGAUGGAAAGGUGGUGGUGUCCGGUGCGUACGAUUAUUUCGUCAAGGUAUGGAAUCCGGACACUGGCGAGUGUCUCCACACACUCGCGGGGCACACGAACAGGGUCUACAGCUUACAGUUCGACGGCAUCCACGUGGUGAGCGGUUCCCUGGACACUUCGAUUCGCGUGUGGGACGUGGAAACUGGCCACCUGAAACACAUGCUCACAGGCCAUCAGUCGUUGACAUCGGGAAUGGAGCUCCGUUCCAACAUACUGGUGUCUGGCAACGCUGACUCCACUGUCAAAGUCUGGGACAUAACUACAGGACAUUGCCUCCAUACACUUUCUGGGCCGAACAAGCACCAAUCGGCUGUGACCUGUCUGCAGUCGAGCAACCGUUUCGUGAUAACGUCUUCCGACGACGGUACCGUCAAACUGUGGGACCUUCGCACUGGCGAAUUCAUCCGGAACCUCGUGGAACUAAGCUCUGGUGGCUCCGGUGGCGUCGUAUGGCGUAUCCGCGCUUCCGCUACUAAAUUGAUCUGCGCCGUGGGCUCCCGCAACGGCACCGAGGAAACUAAAUUGCUGGUCCUCGAUUUCGACGUCCCAGGCGCUUGCAGGAAGUGUGACGAAUAGCAUAGACUAAACCGGCGCCUCUUGCGCCGUUUCGCGAAUCUUUACGCGCCUUGGCACUGCUAGAAUAAGAGUUUCCAGAGGCGGAAGACGCGCGAACGUCUCACGGACACCCUCUGGUGUCUAUGGGACUUGAUGUUAGUUUUCAUCGUGUGUUUCUGUCUACUCUCCGUUUUCGUACGCAACGUUAUGGCAAGAAAGUCGAGUGGUGUUGCAUAAUUAUUAAUUUCCAAAAUCAUUGGAAUUCAUUUUUUUUAUGUUUGCUAUUAUCCUAUUUUAUCAAUUGAAUUCGAAUCUGAAUAUGAUUUUAUUAUUUUAAUUAUUUGACUCGUAUUGUAAAUUAUCGUCAUGUGUGUGUGUUUUUAGGUGUAGUUAUUGAAUUCGUUCGCGUAUCUAUCGUCUUUGGAAUUAGGGUUAAUAUAGCAGUAGCGAAAACAAAAACGCCCACCGUUUUAGAGACGUACGCGUGGGUAUCGAAAUGGUGACGUCCACCCGAUUUCUAAUCACAAACUCGAUUCUUAUACUUGCACUAUUAUACUUUGAAUUACAGUACAUUAUUUAUAAAAUACUGUUAAGUUUUAAACGUUGACCUCGUGGUAAAAGUGUUAUUAAAGUAUAAAUUUUCGCAUUAAAAGAGCGAAACACCACCAAGAUUAGUAGAAAAAUAUUUAAUAAGCAAUAAAUAGACAAAUUUGAAGUGUGAAUCGUGAAAAUAUUUUAUGAGGUGAGUUGUGAUUAGAAUUUCGAAGUAACUUCGAAAAUGUGUACAUUUUUGUUUAAAACUUAAGUUUUAUUGAUCCAAAUGAAUGAACAGAAUUUACGCAAUAUUUUCUCUCGUUCACUCUAAUCUUCGUGAAUUUCACGGAAGUAUACCACGUAUAAAUUUCUUUGAUUAAAUUAAUUACUAGUGAUGGGGAGUUAUUGGCUGUUUUAUUGUCGAUAGUUGUCCUCUGAAGAAUUUUUGUCGUCUGCAUCCGUAAUUUUCACGGCAAUUAUAUUUCAAAUUGAUCCAAUAAUAAACUUCAAAAUUCCAUAUUUCGUGACAAUAAACCAAAAUCUCUAUACAAAAGUACACUUUUUCGAAGCAUCCUAGGGAUCAUUCACAUUGGUGUUUGUCGACUAGUGUUUAAUCGUUUUGGCGCGAAAAAAAUAUUGUAGGUUGAAAAUCGUUUAAGAGAUUUAAUUAAUUUUUAAGUUUAAUUAUAAAGUUGUAUGUCAAACGCGUCUUCGAUUAAAAUUUUGACAAUUUUGAACCUACAAUUAAUCGCAGUUGAUUUUAAUCUAAAGUGUAUGUCGCUAUGUCGUAAAUUCCCAUGUGAAUUCUCUAACUCGAUCAGGUCGUAAUAGUAAUAGAUGGAGUGUAUACACAUCUAUGUUGAAAUCUACGGCUGCCUCACUCGUAUUGCCAAAUGUCUAAACGAGUGAAUGCUCCGUUUUCCCAAAGAAUUAAAUAAAAA